GGAUCGAUCGGCUGCCCAGCAACUGGGGCCGGCGAGGAGCGAGCUCUUUCCCCCUCGGGGCUGCAGAGGCCCCAUUCCUCAAAUAAUGGCUGGAGAUGAGGCCCUGGAUUCGAAUCCCUGCAUUUGCCACUCACUGCUUGCGCGUCCUUGGACAAGCGUGCCUCAGUUUCCCUUUCUGUAAAAAUGAGGGGAUUGAGUGAGUCAUGCAAUGGAGGGCGCUGGAUCUGGAGCCAGAGGGCCCGGGUUCGAAUCCCUGCAUUUGCUCCGGCUACCUUUAAUGUCAUCGGACAAGCCCGCCGCAGUUUCCCCAUCUGUAAAAUGGGGGGCUUGCACGAGAGGAGCCCUGAUGUCCGGUUCCUGUGUCCCCGUAAACUUUCAAGUUCUUCCCCGGGCAGAUCUCCAGGGCUCAGGGGGCGAGUUUCGGGGCCCAUGCUGCAGUAUCACGAGAUAGGCUCUAAACGCUUACUCUUCAGAAGAGUUUCACAGGGGGUCCAGCCUCUUUGGGCAAGCCUUCUCUGCGCAUGCUCCGUGACGCCGCGCCCUUCCCCGCUGGACUACAGUUCCCAGCACACCCGGGACUUCCGGAGGGAUGGCCGGAAGUUCCGGAGGCGUCCCGGAAGUGGGGCUGCGCGGGCGGCCGGCUAGCUGCCUGUGAGUUUCUGCCCGGAGGAGGCUUGUUCGGAUCCCGCGCUCGGGGCUGACCCGGCCCGGACCCCGCCGCCGCCAUGGGGAAGCGGCAGCACCAGAAAGAUAAGAUGUACAUAACGUGUGCCGAGUACACGCACUUCUACGGGGGCAAGAAGCCCGAUCUCCCGCAGGCUCACUUCCGCCGCUUGCCUUUCGACCACUGCAGCCUGUCGCUGCAGCCCUUCGAGUACCCGGUCUGCACGCCCGACGGCGUCGUCUUCGACUUACUGAACAUCGUGCCCUGGAUAAAGAAGUACGGGACCAACCCCAGCAGCGGAGAGAAGCUGGACGCCAAGUCUCUGAUCAAACUGAACUUCACCAAGAACAGCGAAGGUAAAUACCACUGCCCGGUGCUGUUCACCGUCUUCACCAACAACUCCCACAUCGUGGCCAUCAAGUCAACCGGCAACGUGUACGCCUACGAGGCCGUGGAGCAGCUGAACAUCAAAACCAAGAACUUCAAAGACCUGCUGACGGACGAGCCGUUUUCCCGCCAAGACAUCCUGACGCUCCAGGAUCCCACGAACCUGGACAAGUUCAACGUGGCCAAUUUCUAUCACGUCAAGAACAAUCUGAGAGUCCUGGACCCAGAGGAAGAGAAGGCCCGGCAGGACCCGGCGUACUACCUGAAGAACACCAACGCCGAGACCCGCGAGACGCUGCAGGAGCUGUACAAAGACUUCAAGGGGGACGAGAUCCUGGCGGCGACCAUGAAGGCCCCGGAGAAGAAGAAGGUGGACAAGCUGAACGCGGCUCAUUAUUCCACUGGCAUGGUCAGCGCCUCCUUCACAUCCACAGCCAUGGUGCCCGAAACCACCCAUGAAGCAGCCGCCAUCGAUGACGACGUCGUCCGCUACCGGUUUGUGAAGAAGAAGGGCUACGUCCGCCUGCACACCAACAAGGGGGACCUCAACCUGGAGCUGCACUGCGACCUGACGCCAAAGACGUGUGAAAACUUCAUCAAACUCUGCAAAAAGAAUUACUACGACGGGACGAUCUUCCACAGGUCGAUCCGAAAUUUCGUGAUCCAGGGAGGCGAUCCAACUGGCACAGGGACAGGGGGCCAGUCCUGCUGGGGGAAACCCUUCAAAGACGAGUUCCGGCCCAACCUGUCCCACACGGGCCGAGGCAUCCUCAGCAUGGCCAACUCCGGGCCCAACUGCAACAUGUCCCAGUUUUUCAUCACGUUCCGGUCCUGCGCCUACCUGGACAAGAAGCACACCGUCUUCGGGAGAGUUGUCGGUGGCUUUGACACCCUCACAGCCUUGGAGAACGUGGAGAGUGACCCCAAAACUGACCGGCCCAAGGAGGAGAUUCGAAUCGAAUCCGCCACAGUCUUUGUGGAUCCCUAUGAAGAAGCCGAUGCUCAGGUUGCAGAAGAGCGGGAGAAGACCAGACUGGAGGAGGAGGCGCCCAAGGUGAAGGCCAAGGUGGCCGCCUCCAAACCCGAGAGCUCGGGGCCUCGGGCUUACCACCAGGGAGUGGGCAAAUACAUCUCCCCGGAAGCCACGAAACGAGCCGCGGAGGAUCAGCCCUCAACCAGCGCCCCCGUGGCCGUCAAAAAGAAACCGGGCCGGGGCUUUGGGGAUUUCAGCUCCUGGUGACGCCGGCGGCCCGGGAUGGGCUCCGGGGAAGGUCUGGGCCCCGUCGGCCUCACACAAAUCUGGACUCGGGGGCGGGCUUAGGGCAAGGCCUUUGUAGAGACCAAGGAAAGGGGGGGUCAAACCGAAAUAAAGCUGGACCCUGUUUUGGCUGCA